AUGUCAGACACCACCCCGCCGCCCGCAAAACGUGUGAAACUCGGCGUCACCGCCGUCGCCGACGCCGCCGAGUUACAGACAGAAUCAUCAGUACUAGUCUCAAUUCCACCACCGCCGACCGAGAAGAAAGCGGAAGAAGAGGUGGAGGGAGAGGACGGCAGUGUGUCACGGACCGAGGCAGUUUCGCAGGUGGAGCUGGAGCGCGCGGUGGGGAUUACGGAGUAUGUUGAUGCGGGGAUCCGUGGGUGGAGCGGGGUGCUGAAGCAGAGAUAUACAGACUUCCUCGUCAACGAGAUCGACGAAGAGGGCAAUGUGGCGCAUCUGACAAAGCUCACGGUCGACGGACACGAGAACGAGAACGAGAACGAGAACGAGAAGCCGAGGCUCGCGCCUGCCGCUCCGCCGGCGCCGCAUAUACCGGAGCCCGCGUCUGCAGCGGCCGCCGCUGCUGCUUCGAAGGCGGCGAAAGCGGCGCAGGCUGCGGCGUUCGAGCUCAGCGCCGACGACUUCACCGCACUCUCAAGCCUCACCACCCCCGAGCUCGCCACUGCCUGCGUGUCCCUCUACCGCGCCAUCCUGUCGGCGCCCACCCCCGUCGAGCUCCCAACAACGACACUCACGACCCCCGCCAUCGCCGCCAAAGAGGCGCGCUCGACGCUGCACGCCCUCGUCCGCCGCCUCUUUUCAUCAAAGCUCGAGACAACAACACUCACCGGCGACGACAACGACGAGAACAAAAUCACAAUCAAGCCUGCCCCCGCCGCAGGUUCGUCCCGCGGCCCGCGCCAGCGCCGCGGUAACCGUGGCGGCGCAAGACAGAAGGCGCCUGCCACCAAGGCUGCGGAUAGAGGUGGUGAUUAUUGUCACUUUCUGUUGUACAAGGAGAAUAAAGACACUAUGCACGCCGUCAAGAUCGUGCAGAAGCUGCUUGGCCUGCGGGGCGGCGCACACGGCCAGAUCGGGUUCGCGGGGACAAAGGACAAGCGCGCGGUGACGGUGCAGCGGUGCUCCGUGUACCGUGUUGACGCCUCGCGGCUCGCCCGGCUGAACACCGAGGGCGCGGCGGGGGCGCUGCAUGCGGGGACGCGGGUGGGCAACUUUGGGUACAAGACGUAUGGGCUGGAGCUGGGCGAUCUGGGCGGGAACGAGUUUGUGAUUACGCUGCGCGAGUGUGCGGUUGCGGCGGGGGAGACACGGCCGCUGAAGGAGGUUGUGGAGGAGGUUGUGGAGCGCGUGAGGGAGGGCGGGUUCGUAAACUAUUUUGGGCUGCAGCGCUUUGGCAGCUACACCGUGGGGACGUGGGAGGUUGGCGUGAAGCUGCUAUGCGGCGACUGGCACGGCGCUGUCGGGCAGAUCCUGCACUACGACCCCGCGCUGCUCCCCUCCGACUCCUCCGCCGACUCCGACUCCGCCGAGAACACAAACACAAACAACAACAAUAGAGACGACAUCGCCCGCGCCACCGCCAUCGCCGCAUUCAACGCCGGCGACCACGCCAAAGCCGCAAAUCUCAUCCCCUACAAAUACUCCGCCGAGAGCGCCAUCCUCCACUACUUUGCCGCCCGCCCCGCAUCAACAGACUACUGCGCGGCCCUGGGCACGAUCCCCAGAGCCCUCAAGACAAUGUACGUCCACGCGCUUCAGAGCUACGUGUGGAACCAUGUCGCGAGCGCCCGCGUCCGAAUGGGGCUGCAGGUCCUGCCGGGCGACCUGGUGCUCAUCCCGCUAGACUCCGACGCCGACGCCCCCCCGGCCCCCGCCACGGAGGACAUCGAGGUGGACCAAAACGGCGAAGUCGUCGUCCACGCCCCCACCGCCAGCGCCACGGGCCGGCGCGCACCCGGGGCGUUCCAGCGCGCGCGCGCCCUGUCUGCCGCCGAGGCGGCCAGCGGGCAGUGGGGCAUCCGCGACAUUGUCCUGCCGACGCCUGGGUGGGACGUGGUGUAUCCGUCCAACGAGCUACUGGAGGUGUAUCAGCGCGUGAUGGCGCCGCACGGCCUGGACCCGCUGGAGAUGAAGAGGGGGGUGCGGGAGUUUAGUCUGCCGGGGAGUUAUAGGGGUGCUGUGGCGGGCUUUUUGGGCGGUAGGUGUAGUGUGGAGGUGAGGGGGUGUAGGGGGGUGGAGCAGGUUGUGAAGACGGAUUUGGAGGUGUUGGUGGCGGGGGAGAAGGGGGGGAAGGAGGAGAAGGAGGAUGCUGCUGCUACAGCUGGGGACGGGGAGGAAAAGACGGCGGUUGUGUUGAGGAUGUGUCUGGGAACCAGCACAUAUGCGACAAUGGCGCUGAGGGAGUUUAUGCGUGAGGGCAUCAAGGCUUACAAGCCGGAGUUUGGCAGGUAG